UCUGCGGUCUGCGCAAGCGCGUUGGGUGUCAUCUAGGCCCCGCCCCCUGGACCUCGGGUUACCGCGCGAGGGGCUUGAGAACCGAGCGCGGCUGGACGACGAACCAGUAGGUUGGGAUGGCCACCAGCUGGGGGAGCCUCUUGCAGACUGAGCAGCAGCUAGAAGAGCUGGCACGGCAGGCUGUGGACCGAGCACUGUCUGAGGGAGUGUUGCUAAGGACCUCACAGGAACCCAGCUCCUCGGAUGUGGUAAGCUAUGCCCCAUUCACGCUCUUCCCCUCACCGGUCCCCGGUGCCCUUCUGGAGCAGGCCUAUGCUGUACAGAUGGACUUCAACCUGCUGGUGGAUGCUGUCAGCCAGAAUGCUGCCUUUCUGGAGCAAACUCUGUCCAGCACUAUCAAAAGGGACAACUUUACUGCUCGUCUCUUUGACAUCCACAAGCAAGUCCUGAAAGAGGGCAUUGCCCAGACUGUGUUCCUGGGCCUGAAUCGCUCAGACUACAUGUUCCAGUGCAACACGGAUGGAUUCCCAGCCCUGAAACAGAUUGAAAUCAACACCAUCUCUGCCAGCUUUGGGGGCCUGGCUUCCCGGACCCCAGCUGUGCAUCGACAUGUUCUCAAUGUCCUGAGUAAGACCAAAGAAGCUGCCAAGAUCCUCUCCAAUAAUCCCAGCAAGGGACUGGCCUUAGGGAUUGCCAAAGCCUGGGAGCUCUACGGAUCAGCCAAUGCUCUGGUACUACUGAUUGCUCAAGAGAAGGAAAGGAACAUAUUUGAUCAGCGUGCCAUAGAGAAUGAGCUACUGGCCAGGAAUAUCCAUGUAAUGCGGCGAAGGUUUGAAGAUGUCUCUGAAAAAGGGUCUCUGGACCAAGACCGAAGGCUGUUUAUGGACGGCCAGGAAAUUGCUGUGGUUUACUUCCGGGAUGGCUAUAUGCCAAGUCAGUAUAGUCGACAGAACUGGGAAGCACGUCUGCUGCUGGAGAGGUCAUGUGCUGUCAAGUGCCCAGACAUUGCCACUCAGCUGGCUGGAACUAAGAAGGUGCAGCAGGAGCUGAGCAGAGUGGGCGUGCUGGAGGUGUUCCUCCCUGGACAGUCUGAGGCUGUGGCCCGUCUCCGGGCCACCUUUGCUGGCCUUUAUUCACUGGACAUGGGUGAAGAAGGGGAUCAGGCCAUUGCUGAGGCCCUUGCUACUCCUGACCAGUUUGUGCUAAAGCCCCAGAGAGAGGGUGGAGGUAACAACCUAUAUGGGGAGGAGAUGGUGCAGGCCCUGGAGCAGCUGAAGGACAGUGAGGAGAGGGCCUCCUACAUCCUCAUGGAGAAGAUCAAACCUGAGCCUUUUGGGAAUUACUUACUACGGCCUGGUAGCCCUGCUCAAGUGGUCCAGUGCAUCUCAGAGCUGGGCAUCUUCGGGGUCUAUGUCAGGCAGGGAAAGACAUUCGUGAUGAACAAGCAUGUGGGACAUCUGCUUCGAACCAAAGCCGUCGAGCAUGCAGAUGGUGGUGUGGCAGCAGGAGUGGCAGUCCUGGACAACCCAUAUCCAGUGUGAAGGCACAGCCAAGCCUGUCCAGACCUCACUCAGGAGACCUUGGAUCCCUUGUACUUGUUAUUCCUCUCGUAGCCCUCCGAGGGGCUUUCCUCUGCCUACCUUGGGAGGGCUGACCUCUUCUAGAGACCUUCCAGGGGCUUCCUGGAAGGGUGGAUGCUGGGUACCUUCACCCAGCUCCCUCAUCUAAGGACUAGAAAAGCUGUGUUUCCCUGAGAGGAUCGAGAGGUCCCUAAGUCACUGGGGGAUAGGUUCAGCUGAAAGGAAGCUGAUCUGAGAUGAGGGUCCAUAACCUUGCCACCGUCUUGUCAGCCCCUCAUAAGCCUUUUCAUCAGGUUCCAGGAUGGAGGGGUAGAAGGAAAUGGGUGGAGGGGCAUAGCCUUCCCCCAUGUCUGCCUUAAAUAAAACUAUAUUGCUGAUUCUGUCA